AUGUUUGUAGUUACCUUUGUGCUGUGCCGACUGUACCUUGGCAGGAUAAACGAGGGGGUGAAGAAGCUAGCGCACAGCCGCGCCGUCGGGAAGGCCGUGGGUGUCCACGCCCGGACCGUCCGGAACUGGGUGACGGAUUUCUGCAAGGACGGCAAUUUCGUUGUUCCCCAUCGAGAGUACGUGAAGCGGCAGCCCUUCUGCUAUAUCGACGACGAGGAUAUCAGAGAACAGUGCCGGGAAUACGUCGACGAGCGGAUUUACCGUCGGAAGAAGGGGCAACCUCGCUUUCGGGUCGCCGACUUUCAAAGGUGGGUAAACACCGUGUGCCUUAAGGAGGAGUUCGCCGGCGGUGGGGGCAUUUGCCGCAGCACAGCGCACGUCUGGAUCGCCCAGCUCGGAUUCAGGUGGCGGCGACACGGCAAGUGCGUGUACGUCGACGGCCACAACCGACCGGACGUUGUACAAGCAAGGAGGUUGUACACGGAGAAGAUGUUCGUCAUGCGUCGCUUGAUGUCCAUCCCGGAAAAAGUCGAAACCGUGGUGAUGGUGAAGGUCCGCGACGCGCGUGAUCGGGAGAAGACGUCAACGGACGACAGACGAGACGACAACAUCACCGCUGCGGUCGCUUGUGCGGAGCCGGUGCUCUGGCCGGCAGUACGAACGAUGCCCGACGGCGGGGUGGACUUCAAGCACGUUCUCGUCUACGGCGACAAGUUCACGGAGGCAACGGGCCACGACCGCUGCUGCACCCGUGUCUCUGUCGACGCGGGCGACCUGGAGAUGACCGGUCGGGGGGGGCACUACACCCUGGUGCCUGAUCGUGAAGUGCAGGAGUGCUACAAGGCGGAGAGGGUCAAGGAAGAGGCGCUCUUCUGGCCGGCGAAGCGUGUGGUGGCUGGCAAGGAGGAGUACAAGCACGUUCGCGUCCGCGACGGAGAGCAAUUGCGCGGGAGGAACUGCAAGCGUGUGGGAGAGUUCAACUGGAUCUCUGCCGACUGCGACUGCCACGACUGCAAGCGAACCCCAUUCGUCGACUCCUCGCGGGUGCCGUUCAACCGGCGCGACUUGUCCGCAAGUGACGGGCAAGGAGACUUCUGCCUACUCCCUGAUCACGAGGUGUUGGCCCUUUACUUCCACGACGAAACGACGGCGAAGGAGAACGACGAUGGCGGCUGCCAGUGGAUGGAUGGUCAAAAAGGAGCCGCCAUCAAGAAGAAGGGGGAAGGGCGGGCCGUGCACGUGUCUGACAUCAUCGGCGUGGACAGAGGCGUUGCGGUGAUCGGGAAGGAGGCCUGGGGCAUGAUGCAGGAAGACAAGAGCGUCGGGUACGCUCCGGCGGUUGAAGUCAUCGCGCAAGGGCCCGCUACCGGGGACGGGGACGUGCCUGAGUGUUUCGUAGUCCGUCAACGCUACGAGCGAUCUGGGAUCUACUUCGGCAGGAAGGAGGGCGACGGGGAGGAUGGCCACGCCGUCAAGUUCGUACAGGAUGCGGUGGAGUUGUUGAAAGCGAUGCCAGCUGACUGCGGAGUGACCAAAACCAAGAACGACCCGCGCACCGGGGCGGUUAUCAUGACCGUGGGGCAAAACUCGGACGGGUACUGGACCAACGACAGAAUGUGCAAGCAGAUUCCGGGGUUGAUCGCCAUCCACGAGCUGACGAGUGAGCCCCACCGCCCAAUGGUGAUGGUCUUCGACAACUCCACGGGGCACGCCGCGUACGAGGAAGGCGCACUGGUGGCUAGCCACAUCCAAAAGAAGCCGGGCGGGGGGCAGGUCAUUCUUGACGAUUUCCUCGACGAUCAGGGGAACCUUGUUCACGCCACAUUUCGCGAGGGCGAUACGGUUCUUUUCGACACGCACGUCUACGCCGCAAAGACGCCCGAGCAGCUGGAGGAGGAAGAGAGGGAGGCGGCGAAAAAGGAUCCAAAAUACAAGAGGCCCAAGUUCGGCAGCAGCCUUGGAGACUUCAAAGCGGGCGAAAAAGUACGGACUACCGGCCGUACCUCAGGCCUGAUCGGCCAGGCGAAAGGCGGACAGCAGCUGCUCAUGGAGAUGGGCUUGUGGGACGUUCCUGGCCAGGCUCCCAUUCGGGUUCUCGAGUGCAAAGCGUGCAAAGAGGAAAGGAAGGCAAUAAAGGCAGCAAUAACCGCGUUCAACCGCGGCGGAGAGGCACGGCAGCAGGCGUUGGAUGAUGCUGCGCGCGAAGACCAGGACGGUGGAGGAGACGGUGCCUCGCCAGAGGAGGGGACAGAAGGCGGGGCGGCUGGCAACCGUGUCGGCAUGAGGCGUCGCUGCUGCAUUAGGAAAGUUUUUGCAGAGCUCAAGGCGUUCAAGAUGGAGCUCAACAAGAUCGAAAAGAUGUUCAAGAAAGCGGGGCACAUCUGCAUAUUCUUGGCGAAGUAUCACCCAGAGCUCAACGCCAUCGAGCGGUACUGGGGAUACGUCAAGCACCUCCUUCGCCUCUCCUGCGAGUACUCUCUCCCGCAUAUGCUUGAGAUUCUGCCAGGCGCCUUGAGUGGCGUCCCGCUGGGGUUUGUUCGCGGGUGGAGCAGGGUGACGUGGCUGUAUCUCGAGGCCUACGACGAGGGAUUGGUGGACUACCUCGAGGUCCGCGACCUCAAGAAGUGGUUGAGCCACCGUUCCCCCACGGAGAGGGGUGACUCCGUGGUUCUGGCGAGGGCAGGGGCAGGGAAGACGGAGGAGGAGAAGAAGAAAGCAGAGGAGAAGGCGCUAGCAGCCGCGCAGGAGCUGCGUACUGAGUCGAUUAAGAGGGCGAAAAAGAAUUUCAAAUCGUUCAAGCAGAAAAGGGCGCUGCUCUCGCUGUGCGAAAAGCGCGAGCUGCGCCCGCGGUCGCGGUCGCCUUUAACUUUGAAGGAAGCGUUUAGGUUGUUGGUGAGAUUCCUAGGAAAAUAA